AUGUCCCGUCCCAAUAUCCAUCUCUACACAAUCCAGACCCCCAACGGGAUCAAGAUACCCAUCACACUCGAGGAGCUGGGCCUCCCCUACGAGUUCACCAACAUUGACCUGACCAAGAACACGCAGAAAGAGCCUUGGUACCUCGAGAUAAACCCCAAUGGACGCAUGCCCGCUCUGACGGAUACUUUCACUGACGGCAAGACUAUCAACCUGUUCGAGUCUGGAAGUAUCCAGCAGUAUCUUGUCGAGCAGUAUGACAAGGACCACAAGAUUUCCUACCCGGCGGGCACGAGAGAAGCGUACGAGGUCAACUCGUGGCUCUUCUUCCUCAACGCAGGCAUAGGCCCCAUACAAGGCCAAGCCAACCACUUCAACCGCUACGCCCCGGAGUACAUAGCAUACGGCGCAAAGCGCUACACGAACGAAACCCGCCGCCUCUAUGGUGUCCUCAACACCCACCUCGAGAAGUCCACGUCCGGCUUCCUCGUUGGCGACAAGCUGACCAUCGCCGACAUCGCACACUGGGGCUGGGUCCGCUCCGCUUUCUGGGCCGGCGUCGAUAUUGACCAAUUUCCGGCUCUAAAAGCGUGGGAGGAGAAACUGCUGAGGAGACCGGCCUUUGAGAAGGGGAGACAGGUUCCGGGGCCUGAUAGCACGCAGGAGCUGAAGAACGAUGCGGAGAAGUUGAAGCGGACGGUUGAGGAGGCCAGAGCGUGGAUCCAGGCGGGGAAGAAGGAUGGUUCCGGGAGAAGUAAGCGGUAUUCAAAUGGCUUAUCAAGAGAGAAUGUGGCAUAG